AGUCAAGUCUAAUCAUGGGGGAAAGAUAGAAAAAACAAACCAAUUUUGUAACGGAAAACUUGGAAAGAGAUUCCUCAUCCCCUUAAAAAAAGGUGUAUCUUUCAAUAAAAAACGAAGAAAAUUUGAAAAGGUCUGUGAUCUUUUUGUCCUUUUUUUUCAUUGUUCUUGCAAGCUAAAUGCGUGUAGUAUUUUUUUAUCAUUACUUUUGGCUGCAGUAUAUAUCUGAAUUCAUAUUAGCCUUGUGAGUUUUAGGGGGGGAAGCCAAAAAAAUUGAAGGGUAGGUGAGAUAAAGAAGAAUCUUUAUCUUGUGGAGUUAUAUAAUUGAAAAGAAUCUUGGUGGUUAUCCGAGAAAAAAGGCCAGAGAAAUUAGGAGGAAAAUGGGUUCUUACGGAAUGCUUGCAAGAAGGGCUGUGCUUACUGAUACCCCUAUUAUGGUUCAGAUACAAGAGCUGAUCCGAGGUGUGAAAGAUUGUAUUUCUCUGGCUCAGGGGGUAGUUCACUGGCAACCGCCUAAACAGGCUCUAAAAAAGGUGCAAGAUCUUGUAUGGGAGCCUGUGAUCAGUCGUUAUGGUGCCGAUGAAGGUCUUCCUGAGCUCAGGGAAGCAUUAUUGAAAAAGUUGCGGCAAGAAAAUAAUUUAUACAGAUCCUCAGUGAUGGUGACUGCUGGUGCAAAUCAGGCUUUUGUUAAUAUUGUUCUUACACUGUGUGAUGCUGGAGAUUCAGUCAUCAUGUUUGCUCCAUACUACUUCAAUUCAUAUAUGUCAUUCCAGAUGACAGGAGUCACUGACAUUCUAGUCGGUCCUGGUGAUCCAAAGACACUUCAUCCAGAUGCAGACUGGUUGGAGAGUACUUUAAAGGAUACAAAACCAACUCCAAAGCUUGUUACUGUUGUAAAUCCUGGCAACCCCUCUGGAACCUACAUUCCCGAGCCACUUCUCCAGAGAAUAUCGGACCUUUGCAAAGAUGCCGGAUGUUGGCUUGUGGUAGACAAUACAUAUGAGUAUUUCAUGUAUGAUGGUCGGAAGCACGUCUGUGUCGAGGGGGAUCACAUAGUUAACUUGUUUUCUUUUUCUAAAGCUUAUGGAAUGAUGGGAUGGCGAGUUGGAUAUAUUGCAUUCCCUUCGGAAGUGGAAGGUUUAUCAGCUCAACUCCUUAAAGUCCAGGACAACAUCCCCAUUUGCGCUUCUAUUAUCUCACAACGACUUGCGCUUCACUCGUUGGAAAUGGGGCCCGAGUGGGUCACUGAUCGAGUCAAAGACCUCGUCAAAAACAAAGAACUUCUUCUAGAAGCUUUAUCUCCACUUGGUAAGGAUGCUGUCAAAGGUGGAGAAGGUGCAAUUUACUUGUGGGCAAAGCUUCCGGAUAAAUUUUCUGAAGACUUCAAAGUAGUCAGCUGGCUAGCUCGGAAACAUGGGGUGGUCUUAAUCCCGGGAUCCUCCAGUGGCUGUCCCGGGUAUAUUAGGAUUUCGUUUGGUGGGUUGAUUGAAGAUCAGUGUCGUACUGCUUCACAGAGGCUCAAAAGAGGGUUAGAAGAACUUGUAAAUGGAGGAAUGGUGGUGUAAUCUUGAAUACUUCUAGCCAAUUUACAGCUUGAUCCAUUCUUAACCCCAAAUAAUUGGAGAAUUUUGUGCUUUAACUCACAUAUUUUUACAUAACAAAAUUUCCAAUAUAAACAGAUUUCUGUCA